ACCAUGCAUUUAACAUAGGACAGAGAGAAACGCGUUGCUUCACCGCGGUAGCAAACCCAGACGCUACCAGUUACCACUCUACUCGUUCGUCCGUUCCCACCGAUAUUCCUGCCUAUUUCUACAAUCACCACAGAUUUCUCGUCUCUCCUAUAACAACCCAUCCUUCGUCCUCUACGUUAUCUAAUUCACAUUUCUAAUCUCUCUAUUGAUUUCCCUUUCGCUCGCGGAGAAAACUCUAUUCAAUUUACUGAUUUAAGGUUCAUCUUUUCUCAUUAGUUCAUCGAUCAUGGCUGAAGGAGAUUUGAGAUCGCAGGAUGGCAUGACAAGGGAGGAGGAGCAGAUGCGGCUGAAGUACCUUGAAUUCGUGCAGGUGGCUACAAUUCACGCUGCGGUGUGCUUCUCGAACCUCUACUGUUACGCCAAGGGCAAGUCCGGCCCUCUGAAGCCCGGCGUCGAGACCGUGGAGGGCACCGUCAAGAGCGUCGUCGGACCUGUCUACGACAAGUUCCACGACGUUCCCGUCGAGGUUCUCAAGUACGUCGACCGCAAGGUGGAUGCAUCUGUGACUGAAUUGGACCGUCGUGUGCCCCCAAUUAUCAAGCAAGCAUCUUCCCAGGCAUUCUCAGCUGCUCAGAGUGCCCCCGUGGUAGCUCGAGCUGUUGCUUCCGAAGUUAAGCGUGCUGGGGUGGUGGACACUGCCUCGGGAAUUGCCAAAUCUGUUUACACCAAGUGCGAGCCAACCGCCAAGGAUCUCUAUUCCAAGUACGAGCCCAAGGCCGAGCAGUGUGCAGUGUCGGCUUGGCGCAAGCUCAAUCAGCUCCCUCUCUUCCCUCAGGUGGCUCAAGUUGUUGUCCCAACCGCAGCAUUUUGUACAGAGAAGUACAACCAAACAGUGCGCGACACUGCAGAGAAAGGGUACAAGGUUUCUUCUUAUCUGCCCUUGGUCCCUACAGAAAAGAUUGCCAAGGUUUUCAGGGGUGAUGGUUCUGAAUCAGAGCCUUUGGUUUCCAGUGGAAAUGAAGCAGCUGUGGCAGCCCAUUGAUGGUUUUGUUCUUCAGUGACUUUUGUUUGCAGCCCAUUGAUGGUUUUGUUCUUCAGUGACUUUUGUUUGCUUUAGUUUUUGUGAUGAUGAUAUGAUAUCAUGUGUGAAAUGAGAUGAUGAUGGUUUGUUUACGGAUUUCAAUCCUAUUUCAUGUUCUCGUUUUAGGAUA